CGGGGGUUGGGCACCCUUCCGCGGUUGUGAAAAAGCUCCGCGACGAGCGCUGGUGUAGUUUUAAUAUGGCAGCCGCCCUGCAGAGUUGGUAGAGCCGCGCAGCAACGCUCCUCAGGAUCGUCAUCGAACCAAAGCACCGAAGAAAAAAGCCGGCCGAGGAACCUAGUCGACCGAUAUCAUUCUACGGUUUCUUUACACGCAUAUAUGGUAUAUACAUAUUAUAUGUAUAUAUAUACAUGUAGGAAAAGGCAAAGCAGAAACCACACUUGAUCCUAAGUCGGUAGUAAGCUCAAAUAGGACUCGUCGCUUUUACCACCUUCGUCAAUUUAUUACCGUCUCAUUUAUACAUACCUACAUACAUAUACACAUAUAUAUAUAUACAUUAUACACAAUACGAAAAUCCACCUUUAUUCGAUCAAUAUUAUCUCAAUAGCGUUACGUAUAUAUGUAACGAUAUAUACAUAUAUACAUAUAUAUAUAUAUGUAUACAUAUAUACAACAUCCAAAUAUUUGCCCAGACUAAUGUCUCGAACAGCGAACGUUGGAGGUAUUUGCUCGUGUUGAAAAUCGGGGGAGACGAGUGGAAGAUAAAGGGAAAAACCUCUUGGACGCAGGAAUUAGACGUGUAAUUGUUCUCCCCUGGCCGAGACCGGAAAUCAUCAAAACUGGCGCCCUUCAAGCUAAGAUUUUCAAAGAUGUCGAAGUCGUCGAGCGGGGGAAACGACGGAAGUCGGAGCAGCAGCGUCGAGUGCGAUGACGCGAAUAAUCAGCAGCCAAUCAACAUUCAGGCGCUGGUAAACUCCAAUGGGAGAAUAGACGAGACGCCCGGCUCCGCCGAUGAAAACGCUCUCUGCUCCAGGAACGAACCUCUUGUGCCAAACUCGCCGCCUCCGUCUUACGAGCACGUUCUCGAAGAAACGAGAAUGGCCGUUGGACAGCCGGCAAAUAAUGCUGAAGAUGAAAUUCGCCCUGCAGCAAAUAACAGGGAGAGAGAGGAAAUACCGGAUGGCGGUACAGAUCGGGGUGGAAGAACACCGAUAAAGGGUCCAGAAAUAUUGCACAAGUCGAGUAAAGAGUUGUACAGAGCUGUGGCCAAGCAAUGGGGUAUUACGUGCAAGAUGAGCGAUCAGUGCCGGUGUUUUGAUUGUCAGAGCCAUUACUUCGAUUGUGAAUACGAGAGAGACGAGCAGGAGAAAACGGACGGAGGUUUAGGCGCCGGGACGCCGAUGUUCCUUUCGGAAGUGAUGCAUGGUACAGCCUGUACGAUUAUAUAAAUGGGAUAUUCAUACCGCGAUAUCGACAGCUUAUUAAUCGAUCGAUACGGCGUAGAUUGAAUCCUCGAGAUCUCUGUAAUUCGGAUCGCGAAUGAAAUAGAAACGCCCGAGGAGUGAGAUGGAUAUUUUUGGUAUGAGGCUGCAGUACGAAUAAGAGUAAUAAUAAUGAUAAUAUUAAUUAAUUAGUAAUAUUAACAACAACUACAAUGACGAUGAUUAUAUAGUAACUAGCCAAUUAUUAUUAUUACUAUUAUUUUCAUCUUUUUAAACAACGUAGUAUGAUUGUAAACUAAAAAUAGCCAAAUGAAAUGAAAUCGUUCUGAAAUCCUUGAUUAGGUUGCGAUUUCUAAUCGUGUCGUCAUUCAUUCCCGAAUUUAUUGAUCUGAUCUUGCAAUUCGCACCUGAAUGACUGAAUGAAAGGAUUACUCCUCUAUCGGAUACUAACUUGUCAAUUUGUUAUUUUCUUUUCUCUAUACUUUUUGUUGUCCAAUAAUUUUUUCAGUUACAUGCAAUAUUUGAACACUGCGGUUGGAUGGAUUGGAUUUGUUUUUAAAACAAUCGUUCAAUAUGUUCGCGGUUAAAAGACGGUAGGAGUUUAAAGUAAAAGAAACAUCGGGAUUUAAAAAAAAUUUUCACGAUCUUGGGUAAUUAACAAAGAAUGUUUUUAGAUGUGUAAUUUUCGAAAGAUUGAUUCAUUUUGCCAUUCAUUAGAAUUAUACUUACGUGUGCGAUAAGAAAUAGAAACAUACACGUAUUAACAAUCGCAAAGACACGAACCAAAUUAAAGAAAAGAAACAAAAAGAUUAAUAUCGAGAAAAAUUAUAAACGACGAAUAUAAGUAUGUAAUAAAUUUUGCGUACGUACGAAGAAAAAAAAAAAAAAACGAACGAGUCAACAAUUAUAUUGAAAAUAUUUGUCAAUUUUUCGACUGUGGAAUAAUAUUCAUCAUAUUUUAAUUCAACCAUAGGCCUACAUAUUGAAACAUAUAAUAUAUAUAUAUGUAUACAUAUACAUAUUUAUAUAUGUAUAUAUAUAUAUAUUGUGUAACGUAAUAAAAAUAUCUAUGUACGCGUGCAUGGAAAUCGUAUGUGCAGGUAAAGAUUGUAAAAUAUCUCCGUCGGUAUAAAUUUAUAAACAUAAGCAUUACCUAAUACCUAAUGAAAAUGAUGAAUUUCUGAAAAUGGGAUCACGCGCAUCACUGCAGGUAACAGUAAUAGCGUUGUUAAUUAUAAAUCUGAAAUUAUUGUCAAGCUUUAAAUUCUACACGUACAUCGUAUUGAUAAUUUAUCUACACACCUUUGCGACAGGCUGCCACGAAACUCUUCGACAGAUGUAUGUUUGAAAGUAACUCGAAUGAAAUUGAAUUGAUUACAGUGGAAAUGGGAUUAAGAUCGACAAUAUUGUACACGAACUCUUGGAUUUUGAAAAUUUUUUACGCGUGAAAAUAGGCUGCGAUUCGAAAGUUUUUAAAUGAGAUGAUGAAAUAAGGAGAACCAUUUAAUGUUUAUACUUAUCUCAAAUUCAUCUGUUCAGAGGUUCGCAAAUAUAAGUUUGUAAAAGUGUGCAUGUAUUAUACGUAUAAUAUUAUACCACAUGGUUAUUUUUUUUUUUAAAUUCUCUUAUCAAAUGUGUGGUUUUGUUUAAUUUUUUACGCGUGCAGCAGCGACUUUUUGAAUAAUUUCGCUAUAGGUGUAUAAAACCGUUCGGCUAAACGUUGGAUUAAAAAUUAAAAAAAAAAAAAUAAGGAUACGGUAAAUUAUUAUUUUUUUUUUUUUUGAUUAGCAAUUAUACCGGCAUCCUCGUCGCAUCGUUGUUCCACUUUCUGGAUCAGCUAUUAUUACGGCCUAAAUUUUUCCAUUCGAUUAUCAGGCUACACGAAGAGGAAGGUCAAAAAUUGACAGAGUUGAGAAGAAAAAAAAAAGAAAAAAAAAGAGAAAUGAAACUGCGGGGGAAAAAAGAAACAAAGGGAAAAAUUUUUGAAUGGCUUUCAUCGAACUUUCUUAAUUUUUUAUUUUUUAUUUAUUCAUGCCUAAACAUAGAUGCAAAAUUAUAACGCCUGACGACGUUUUCGAGAAGUCCAGCUGUUCUGCGUUUUUAGGAAAAUAAUUUUUUUUGAAACAUUAACGUGUUGUUUUUUUCAAACUUGUUGCUUAUUAUUACGUGUAUGGAUAUACACAUAUAACGGGUAUUACUAUUCUAUAAUAAAAUACAAAGUGUUUAAUAAAUGCCCUAUAACAUACGUAUACGUACUAUACGUAUAAAACAGUCGGUAUUUAUAAAGUCAGAUUUUCCAAGAAUAUAAAUUGUUAUUGGGGAAAUCAAACUCGAAACAAAUGAAAGUAUCUCCAUCUGAGCUGCCUGAACUUGUACAUACAUAUGUAUAUGCAGAAUAUUAUAUGUAAUAAUGCGUAUAUCGGUUCAUCAAGCAAACGGGAAAUAUAAAAACAAAACUAGAACAAACGAGAAAGAGAGAAGAAACGUGGGGGGGGGGGGGGAGGGGGGGAUUAUUAGAAACCUAAUUUAAACUACUCGAAUAGGAAGUCUCCAAAUUACUGUUAAGUCACGCACACACGGUAUAUAAUAAUGUAUUUCUAUACACUGAACCAGCAUGUUCAUGGAAAAGAAAAAAAAGUACGAAGAUGUCAAGUCCUUUACCAUAUUCCGAAAACCAAUUCAAAUGACGUACGUUUUUUCUUGAUUUUUCGGAUCGUUUGUCAUUUGUUCACCGAAACCGAUUAAAAACGAAACGAUCAAGUACGUCUCAAGGUUUACUUGGUUUAAUUACGCUACUUACUUUUUGCUAAUUAAAAAUCAUUCGUAUCGGACAUUUCAUCUAAAACUGCGAAUCCGACACAUCGACAUCUUCAGAGAAUAAAAAUUUUAGUAUCGUAAGAGAUUUCGCGGUAUGAAUUUUAUGCCGCCUAAUUAUAAUAGACUGAUUAAUAAUUGUACGAAGGAUUGAGAGAAAGCAGAAUAAACAAAAAAAAAAAAAAAAAAAAAAUAAGAAAAAGACAAAAAUAGAGAUAUCGAGAUAGGCGAGAGUCGCUCGUUUUACGUCAUCACUUCGGGAUAUACAUGUUAUAUAUAAUUGUACCUACUUCGAUGGAAGAGAAAAAAAAAAAACUAACUAAAUAGGCGAAUAAACAAA